GACUUGAAAUACCAUAUGCUUGAUGAUCUGGGAAAGGGAUCCUAUGGCUUCGUCAGGUUAGCAAUUCAUAAAUCGGAUCACCGAAAGGUCGCCAUCAAAUUUGCUCCUAAACCUGAAACUGAAGGCACGGGUUAUCUUCCUGGAUAUCUCUACAGUGGCAAUUCAGAAGUGGAUCUGAUGAAUAUGAUGAAGGAACCUCACAGCCCUCACAUUAUAGAGUUGCUCGAGUGGUUUGAGGACCAAGAUAAUGUGAUUUUGGUUAUGGAGUAUCCAGAGCCCUGUGAAACACUGUAUUGUUUCAUUAAGCAUAACAGUGGACGUCUAGAACACAGUGCUGUGCGGAUGAUAAUUGUUCACAUUGUCCAGGCUGCAAAGGACUGUAUAGACCAUGGAGUUUGCCAUGGAGACAUCCAUUCUGGAAACAUUCUGGUCAAUACAGCAUCUUUGAACAUCAAGCUGAUUGACUUCGGAUGUGGACUACGAAUCGGUGGCAAGUGGCUUUGUCAGUCUUUUAUUAUUUCCUUAGUGUUUUUGCAUAAUUGACAGAUUCCUUAGUAGAAAACUCUGUAAAUGUAUAGGUAAAUGUAUGGAAUGUGAAUGUGAUUCACUGUUGUUAACUCUAAAUAUCUCUUGCUUACAUAACCAGAAGAGUACCCAAACACUGAAAUGACGAUAUCCUUACGAACGGCCCUUAAAAUCACGAUCCAGUCUGUGGGCCAUGUUCUGAGAGAGGUGGUAAAUUUAGCCCACACCAGUGUACCUAAAGAAUUCCGGGAACUUAUUAGUUGGUGCCAACAUUAUGAAAGACAGCUUCGUCCCAGAGAUAUUUUAAUGCACCCGUGGCUAAGAAAACACUCAGUCUCAAACACAGAAGAUGGAAAAACAGCACAGGCAAAGUCACGUGGACAGUGACACAAGCAAUGGUUUAGAGACCAGCUAGGAGCUGAAACCAAUGAGGGAGGCUGUCAGUGAAAGCCAGGUGAAAAGAGCACACAGAACACCAAGACAGACACAA